AUGUUCAAAGAUGGGGAGUGGAUCAUUGGAGGUGAUUUUAAUUCUAUCAAGAACCGAAGCGAGAGGAAAGGGAGGGUGGAGAUUGAGAGCAAUAAUGAAAUGAAGUCUUUUGUGGAAUUCAUUGAGGAAAGUAUGUUGGUGGAUAUUCCUUGUAAAGGAAAGAAAUUUUCUUGGUAUAGUGGUGAUGGAAAAUCUAUGAGUAGAAUUGACCGAUUUCUUUUGUCUGAUAAUAUUGUGAAUAGUUGGGAGUGGUUGGGCAACUUGUUGGUUCUAGGGAUAUUUCAGAUUAUUGUCCAAUAUGGAUUGUGUUGGAUAAUAUCAAUUAAGUACCAAAACCUUUCAAAUUCAACAACGAAUGGUUUACUCUUAACUCUUUCUUACCUUUUAUGGAGAAGGAAUGGAAAGACAUUAAGGUGGAAGGAAGAGGGGACUUUGUUUUAA